UCCCCCUGCGAGCAACAGGUGUAUCAGCAGGAAACACAACCCUUCCCUUUUGCAACUGGGUGCGGUUUCUGCCACCCAACGUAGCAGUUUGGUAAACUGUUUGUUAACUUGCUACCCCGGCAGUUUGUGCUGAUACACCGGCCCGGCCCCACCGCACCCGGCUGGGCGGGGAGCGGGGACCCCACUGCACCACCCGGGCCUGGGGGGGACCCCAGGAGCUGUCGGAGGAGCAGAGGGUUAAGCUCUCCAGAGCGGCUGGAGCCUAACAGGGCCGCUUUUAGGAUUUAUGGGGCCCUGUGCAGUAUUAUUGCGACAGCAGCGCGGGGGGAGGGACGAGGCAGCAAAGGACAGCGAGACACGUGACCCGCCUCGCGGUGGCGGAGAGUCACAGUUCCCCGCAGAGACCCCGGACCCUCCCCCUCACGCAGAAUGGACACGCAGAAGACACUCUGCCAUCGGAAAUGCGCUGGGACUGGUGGAAGAGGCUGUUGUUGUAUACAAAAGCGAACGUGACUCUGGAUCCAGCCACGGCCCAUCCCAUCCUCAUCGUGUCUGAGGAUGGGAAAAGCGUGAGACGCGCAGACGUGUUGCAGGACCUGCCUGACACGCCGGAGAGAUUCGACGCACGUCACUGCGUGCUGGGCUCUGAGGGGUUCACCUCGGGGCGACAUUACUGGGAGGUGGAGGUGGGGAAUGGGAAGUACUGGGCUUUGGGGGUGGCCAGAGAGUCGGUGAGGAGGAAGGGACGGAUCAGCCCUAGCCCCGAGGAGGGGAUCUGGGCUAUGGGGAUACACGGGAAUAAGGGGUAUGGUAACGUGUACGAUACUUUCACCUCCCCUGGCUUCCGUUUGGUCUCGUCGGAUACCAUAAAGAGGAUCGGGGUUUGUCUAGAUUAUGAAGUGGGGCAGGUGGCAUUUUUUGAUGUUGAUUGGAAGUCCCUGUUGUUCUCCCUCCCUCCGGCCUCUUUCAAUGGGGAGAGGAUCCUCCCUUACUUCUGGGUGCAGGGAUCCCCGCUCAGACUCUGUUCUUGAGACAAGGGGGUGGGGGGAUGGGGAGUGUCCCCCUGGGAAUGAGAAAACGGGCUUCUCUCGCCUCCAACAUCCCAACCCCUGUGGCCCCGGAGGGCUCCCAUCUCUCCGAGCCCCUGGACCGCUCCUCUCCCCGAAGCACCAAUGUCUGGGCGUGCCCAUAAAGAGCCGGCUGGGACCUGGGCAGAGAAUCUCACUGCAGCGGGUCUCCCGGCCCGUUUCUCACGGCGCUCGGUGGCUCUGGAGGCUGCCCAGGCUGGGAACCAGCCCCCCAGGAGCGGUCACACCCGGCACGGGGCCCCUUAAUUCUUUAGGCCACGGAGCCACUGGCUGGGGGACUCCUGCAGGGGAGGAGUUCAGGGCCGGCUUUAGGCCAAUUCCACCAAUUCCCCCGAAUCGGGCCCCGUGCCUAAGAGGGCCCCGCGCCCAGUGGCAGGGCUGCCCAGGGUGGGGGCAAGUGGCCGAGAAUCCUUUCCCUGGCUAGAGGCUCCUUUUUAAUUUUUACUCACCCGGCAGCGCUCCGGGUCUUCGGCCAGCGGCGGGUCCUUCACUCGCUCUGGGUCUUCGGCAGCACUUCGGCAGCAGGUCCUUCAGUGCCACCAAAGACCCGAAGCGAGUGAAGGACAAACCGCCGAAGACUACGAGUGCCGCCCGGUGAGAACAAGCCCCAGAUGUUUUUUUACGUGUUUUUUCUUUUUUCAGUCAUCCUUGCCGGGGCCCUGUCAAAAUUGUUCGAAUCGGGCCCCACACUUCCUAAAGCCGGCUCUGGAGGAGUUUGGGGGUUGGAGGCGGAGUUUUGUCGGGGGCUGCCGGAGGGGCAGCUGCUGGGUUUCUGGGAUGGGGUUUUCCGAGGCGCUGAAGGGAAUUAGGCCCCCAAAUCCCCUGGUAAUUCCCUCCGUCGGGUCCCUCCCCGCAGCUCUGUUGGGAAUCGCAGCUGUGCAGCGUGAGCGCAAGCUGGAUGAAGAUCGCUCCGUACGACGUCCUUGGGUUUUGUGUCAUUGGCGGCUGGCUCGUUAAACUCCCGCGCGCUCACGUAACCCUCCUUGCCAUGGGCCUGAAUGGCCACGGUUUCACGGAUGCCUUUUCAGUGGCAACGGGCCCCUGUGCCUGGCUACUAACCACCCCCGGUCUCCAGGGGAAAGAGGGGGCCUGGUUCUUAGUCACACAAACGCCUCUGGGCAGCGCAAAAGGGCCUUUACUGCAUUACUGUGUGUGUCACCGUAGCGUGUAGGAGUCCAAGUUACAGACUGGGCCCCAUUGUGCUAGGUGCUGUACAAACACAGAAAGAAAAGAUGUCCCUGCACCUGGCAGCUUCCGGUGCAAGCGAGAGCAGGAGACAGGCAGAUAGACAGAGGGGGAAGGGGACAUUUCUCGUACCACAAACCCCCCUCCCACAAUGCCUCCCAAUAUCCAUAAAGCACUACGGCAUCACACAGUCCGCCACCUACUUUAUGCUCUUCUGUACGCCGGGGUAGGCUUGGCGAAAGACAAGUUUCUUUGUUUUUUAUAUAUAGGGUGACCAGAUCACCCAAGACAAAUAUCGGGACGCGGGGGGGUUG